UUUAGCCUAUAUGCUUUCAAAUCUCAUUCAUUAUUACCACUCUUCAAAAAUUAACCUAUAUGCUUCUAAUUUAAGAUCUCAUACAUCUGGUUAACAAGUGUCCUAAGAAAUAACAAAUCUUAAUCAAGAAGAGACUAAUAAUUCUACUAUCAAAUCUCAUAUAAGACGAUUUGAGAAAUGGAAUUCUCAUAAACAAAAUUAGGAUAAAGAUAGAGAAUGAAAACUAUAGUGAAACGGGAAAGGAGACUUACUGUGAUGUCAUCUCCAACUAAAUCAAUAACUUUGUUGGAUUUCUUGCCUAACCAGUAGGUUCCUACUUGAUUAAUAUCUAAGUUUAGCCGCUGAAGUAUGUCGGAUCGAUGAAAUCUACUAACUGAAUGGUAAACAAAAAUAUUAUAAUUAUUAGAUCUAAAACAUAAAACUAGAAUUAAAUCAUCGGAUCAAUACUCGAAGAUACUGAAAUAAAGAUGGAUAGGAUUGAGCGAUUUUUUCCUCAGAGCUAGAAUUAGGUUUUCGACUUCGCUUCUCUCCUCUCGCUGUUCGAUUAGGUGUGAGACAAGAAGAACAAGUCUGAGUGAGAACAGAUAGGGGUGAUCCCAUAUCCAGCUCAGGGUCACAUUAGUCCUACGAUGAAACUAGCAAAAAUUCUUCAUCUCCGAGGACUUCAUGUAACCUUUGUGAAUACAGAAUUCAAUCAUCAACGGCUACUCAGUUCAAGAGGACCAGAUUCACUUAAAGGUAUGCCUGAUUUUCAUUUCGAAACAAUCCCUGAUGGUCUUCCACCACCAACAGAUCCAAAUGCCACCCAAGACGUGGUAGCACUCGGAAUAUCCAUAUCCAUCGAGAAUAAUUGCUUAGAACCUUUCCGAAACCUUGUGUCUAGGCUCAACAACAGUUCAUCAUCAUCGAACGUUUCUCCUGUGACCAGCAUAAUAUUUGAUGGAAACAUGGGCUUCGCUCUCCAAGUAGCUAAAGAGCUAGGAAUCCCGGGAUUAAAUUUUGAGACUCCGAGCUUCUGUAGCUUCGCAUGUUACAUGCAUUUUCCUCAGCUCUUUGAAAGAGGUCUUGUUCCGCUCAAAGAUGAAAGUUGUUUAACAAAUGGCUACAUGGACACCCAAAUCGACUGGAUACCUGGAAUUAAGAAUAUAUUGUUUAAAGAUCUUCCUAGUUAUGUUCGAACAACGGAUCCUAAUGAUUUCGUUGUGAAUUUUGCUGUACAGUCAGCUAACGAGGCUUAUGAAGCUACAGCCCUGAUCUUCAAUACCUUUGAUUCAUUGGAGAUGGAGGUUCUGGAUGCAUUCAGGUCUCAAUUGUCACUUCCACCUAUUUACACCGUUGGUCCACUUCCAUUACACCUCAAUCAAAUUCCGCAAAACGAGUCACAGUCUCUCGGAUCAAAUCUAUGGAAAGAAGAUACCGAGUGUCUAAAAUGGCUUGAUUCCAAAGAACCCCAUUCAGUCAUGUACGUGAACUUCGGCAGCGUAGCGGUUAUGACCACUAAACAACUAGUAGAAUUUGCUUUGGGGCUGGCUAAUAGUAAACACACUUUCUUAUGGAUCAUCCGACCAGAUUUGGUAGCUGGCGAAUCAGCAAUGCUGCCACCUGAGUUCAUAGAAGAAACCAAAGAAAGAGGUCUGCUCUCGAACUGGUGUUCACAGGAAAAUGUACUGAACCACCCAUCGAUAGCAGGUUUCCUAACACACUGUGGUUGGAAUUCAAUGAUAGAAAGUUUAUCUAGUGGAGUUCCUAUGAUCUGUUGGCCGUUCUUUGCAGAUCAACAAACAAAUUGCAGCUACGCAUGCAAGCAUUGGGGAGUAGGAAUGGAGAUUUAUAAUGAGAUGAAGAGAGACGAAGUUGAGAAGGUAGUGAGAGAGUUGAUGGAAGGAGAAAAGAGUAAAAAGAUGAAGAACAAAUCCAUGGAGUGGAAAGAGAAAGCUGAAGUGGCCACGUCUCCUGGUGGCUCUUCUUGGGCUAAUAUUGACGACAUGAUUAACAAAUUCCUACUUGUAACAAAAAAUUCAGCAGUUCAAAAUCACUGUCGAUCGAGUGAACAAUUUUAGGUCUUUUUAUAUACAGUACCAGUUUUAGUCCAUGUCCUUUGUUUAAUCUACUU